CUGUCGGCGGGACUUCCGUGUUGGCGGGAUUCUGAACGCUGCCAUGGCUCAGACCGUGCAGAACGUUACAUUGUCCCUCACUCUGCCCAUCACGUGCCACAUUUGCUUGGGGAAGGUACGUCAGCCUGUUGUAUGCACCAACAACCAUGUGUUUUGUUCCAUUUGUAUCGACUUGUGGUUGAAGAAUAACAGCCAAUGUCCAGCCUGCAGAGUCCCUAUCACUCCUGAAAACCCUUGCAAAGAGAUUAUUGGAGGAACAAGCGAAGGUGAGCCUAUGCUGAGCCACACAGUCAGGAAGCAUCUUCGCAAGACCAGGCUGGAGCUUCUCCAUAAGGAGUACGAGGAUGAAAUAGAUUGUUUGCAGAAAGAGGUAGAAGAACUUAAAAGUAAAAAUCUCAACUUGGAGUCACAGAUCAAGACCAUUCUGGAUCCUCUAGCUUUGAUUCAGGGGAGUCAAAACGAAGAUAAACACCCGAUGGCUGAUAAUCCAAGUAAAACUGACCCAGAAUCAGUAGUAGAAUGGAAGAAAAAGCUCAGAACAGCUAAUGAAAUAUAUGAAAAAGUAAAAGAUGAUGUGGAUAAGUUAAAAGAGGCAAAUAAGAAAUUGAAGUUGGAAAACGGUGGCCUACUGAGGGAGAACUUACGGCUGAAGGCUGAAGUUGACAACAGAUCUCCUCAAAAGUUUGGAAGGUUUACAGUUGCUGCUCUUCAGUCCAAAGUAGAACAGUAUGAACGCGAAACCAAUCGCCUCAAGAAAGCUCUGGAACGAAGCGAUAAAUAUAUCGAGGAACUAGAGUCUCAAGUAGCACACCUGAAACACUCGGAGGAAGCAAAGGAAGACAUGGAUGCCCUUUGCCCGAGGGCACCCUCUCCAGACGGCCAGGGGCCCGACAGCAUCGAUGAGGUCGUACCCGCAAAGAGUCAGAGUGACAGUGCCAGGCAGCAAGCCAGUUCUGCUUCUCACCUGGCCACACCUUCUAGCAGCAGACUAGCUGACACCAAUUCUGUCAGACAGGAGAGCACCAGCAGAACUGAACCAAAUUGUCCUCAAAACAAAGACAGAUACUCCAAGCCCACAGAGCCACGGCUGGGUGCGAGAGAGACGCCAAUGAACACUUAUUUGGAGAGAGAGUGGAACAGCAAGCCCAGCGACUGUGCCCCUUACAAAGAGGAAGAGCUUUAUGGGCUCCCAGCUUCCUGUACUCCCUUGUCACUUAGCUGCCUUCAGCUGAACACUCCAGAAAACAGAGAGAACCCUGUGAUCAAAGCAGGGAGUUCCAAAAAGCAUGCAAACCAUCUCAGAAAACUGGUAUUUGAUGAUUUCUGUGAUUCUCCAAAUGCCUGUAAUAACAAUUCUUCAGAGGAUGAUAGAAGGGAAAAUGAAAAGAAAUCAGACUGUUUUGCUUCCUCAAAGACAGGAUUUUGGGAUUGUUGUUCCACAAGCUAUGCCCAGAGCUUGGAGUUUGAUAGUUCAGAGGGGAAUACAAUAGCAAAUUCUGUUGGGGAAAUACCUUCAAAAUUGAGUGAGAAGUCAGGAGCGUGCUUGUCCAAGAGACUAAGUUGUAUUCGCUCCCUUGAAAUGAAUCGAACAAGAACAUCCAGUGAGGCAUCCAUGGAUGCUGCUUAUCUUGACAAAAUCUCUGAGCUGGAUUCGAUGAUGUCAGAGUCUGACAACAGCAAGAGCCCUUGUAAUAACGGUUUUAAAUCGGUGGAAUUGGAGGGGUCCUCAAAGUCACCUCAAGGCAGGGAGUUUCUUGAGGAACCUGACAAGUUACAAGAAGGAACUAAACUGAGUCUUUCCAAACAUGCUCUCACAGCUGACGGGUUAGAGAGCGGGAGUGAGUGGAAACCCACCUCUUUUUUUCUCCUUUCCCCAGCUGACCAUGAGAUGAGUGAAGAUUUUUCUCUCCACUCCACUUCUCACUCAGGAGCUAGUGAAGUCAAAUCUCAAAACUGUUUGUUCCAGACAGAGUUUUCCCAGGGUGUUCUGUUAAGCGGUUCUCAAGGAUUAUUUGAGGAUCAGAGGUUUGGAUCGUCUUUAUUUAAGAUGUCCUCAGAGAUGCAGAGCCUUCACAGCCCACUUCAGUCUCCAUGGUCUGCUGCCUUUGUGCCUGAGAAGAGGAGUAAGAACGUGAACCAGUCAACAAAGAGAAAGAUACAGAGCAGCCUUUCCAAUGCCAGCCCAUCCAAAGCGACCAAAAGCUGACUCACCAGGGAGGUUGCCUUGCAAGGGGUGGGGGUGUUUUCAGUGUUUCUGUAGUCACUUCCUGAAGGUUCUCUACAAUCCUGAACUGAUAAUCUUCAGGCAAGUGUCAAGUCAGAACGGUGGGUUUACCUGUCUCCGGGAUACUUCAUCUUGAAGAAACUUUGGCCUGUCACUUUCAUUUGGUCAUCUUUUAACCAGAGAGGUUAGGGAGAAGGUCUGAUUUGUCUCUGUUGUUUGUUCUGCUUUUAAUGAAUGUUAUAUGUAUCUGGAUUGGCUCCGUGCUGUUUUCUCAGAUCUGACCUGUUAGAUAUGGUGGCCUGUUAAGACUCAACUGCUUUCAGAACUUGUGUUUCUUAGGACAGUUGGUAUUGUCUGGUCUGUUCUUUAAAGCUUUUCCUAGAAUGGAAAUUUGUAUGCCUCUUUUUAUUUAUGUCUAAUGAUGGCCUAACUAUUACCAAGGCCAUGCUGGAGAAAUGGCACUCCGAUCUUAGAGGAUUCACUAAUUUUUUUUUUUUUUUUUUUUUAGGUUUUAUAUAGAUGUUUACAAUUUGUUACAUUGUGUUCUGUCUAUUUUGUGGGCGUGUGUGUGUGUGUGUGUGUGUGUGUGAACUACUAUGAAAGAACACAUUGUUUGUAUGAAAAUACUAUUUCAGGUCGUUUAUAUUUGCCUAUCUUUGAACGUAUAUGUGUACGUAAGUGUAAAGUUAGAAUCAGAUCCGCUGGGUUUGGAGGAACUUAAACAUCCUAGCUUUUUUUCCUUAUGUGUAGGUAGAAAGGCAGUCUGUUAGGUGUUUGACCUGUUGUGUCACAGGGAGCGUUUGUGUAAUAAAGUUCUGUUUGCAUGUUACUGCUCACUGUGGCAGCUGUAAGCAUGGGAGCCUGUUCACUCGCUCCGUUCUGCAACCAGAGGAAAAAACCACCUCCUAUUGGUUAGUGAAUAUCUAUUAUGCAGGACAUUUUUUUAACUGAAAAGUAACAGGUGUGAAUGGGACAAUGUGAGAGCGAAGCACAACUGUUAGUGUAGGCUUUAAAAGUAUGUCAUUUUAAACAUGUUUGGUGUGCCAGCCUAAGCUAUAAAAAUGUCUGUAUGCUAAUAACUUGCUUAUCUAAUGUGUGCUGAACAUUUUACAUGUAUUGUCUUACCUUAACACUGCAUGCUUUUUUAUGUGACUUAAAUAAAGGAUGCCAUAUGCACUA